UUUAAGAAGAGAUCAUCACAAUUCUGCCUCACUAUCACCAAGAUGAGAGUUGUGUUCGUACUCGCCGCAUUCCUAAUACAUCUCGUAACCUCUGACACCUAUUACCCCGUCAUUACAGAAUAUUAUGUCCCUUUGAAACUGGAGCGCAUCCCGCGCUCACCCACGCACCACCACCACCAUCACGGGGGUUACGCCGGCGGUGAUGUAGAAAUUCAAAAAGGAUAUGGAGGAAGAGGAGGCGGUCUCGGCGGCGGCGGCGGAUUCGGAGGCGGUGGCGGAUUCGGAGGCGGUGGAGGAUUUGGAGGCGGCGGCGGACAUGGAGGUGGCGGCGGAUUGGGAGGUGGUGGCGGACAUGGCGGAUAUGGUGGAAAAGGCGGAUACGGUGGUGGUGGUCCUGGUUUCGGAGGAGGCGGCAUCAGUGGAUCGUCUUCAAGUGCCAGUGCAUCCGCACAGUCUUCAAGUUUCGGCGGAGGUGGCUACGGGGGCUCACAGGCCUCAGCGUCGGCUUCUUCCCAAUCACAAUCUUUUGGAUCGGGCUAUGGAAAGCGGUAACAACGUGAUUAUACACACAAUUUGUUAAGUGGGUAUUAAUAUAUCACUAUUCAAAAGUA